UCCAAUUGAGCACAGCUAAUGUUUUCCGUCACCUUCCUUUGACACGAUAAAACUGACGCCCACUCCACAGUUUUCGGCCGGGUCAAACAGGACGCCCCUCUGAUUUAAACGCAAGACCAACUCGAGCGUCGAACAAUCCCGGAGAGUUAAGAUGGCGGGAAUAGCGUCUCUCGUAUUCACGGCACUGUGGUUUUCGGCAGCUGUCCUGGGAAAGCUCGGCACACCCGGUGGCCCCAGAAAGCUACAACAUGACAUCGCAGACAGUUUCCAGGUGUUCGAGAACUUCCCGUACACCGUCGCCAUUUCUGACUCGGACAACGACACUGUUUUCGAAUGCGUGGCCGCUAACCGAACUGAGAUUGACCCAGAAGCUCACACCGCAACAUUCGUCUGGCUCUUCCAAGGGAAUGAGAACAGUCCAAAGCAAAACAUUCCUUUCUACGUAAAGGCCGAAGAGGAACCUGGAACGUUCAGCUUCAGCGUGGGAAGAGAUCCUACAGUUAGGGAAGGCCGCUACUACUACACAGACUACAAGACCUGCGUCGUAUUGGACAUGGAAUAUCACGGACAUCAAUGCAUUCUGUGGACACAGAAAGAAGUAAAAGACGCGGUGCCGCAGGACUGCAUUGACCAGUUUGUCGACACGUGUGGCGUCAUUGUUCCCGAGCACAGCCGAGACCUCUGCCCAGAUGGUGAAGGCGACUACUAGGUGCACUCCGGCGUCUAAUUUUUAACCAUGCUAUAUACAUCAAAAUGUAAGUGUAAUCUUGCGACAUAAAUAAAGUUUUUCGACAGAGUGA